GAGAAUGUGUGUCUCGUUUUUUCUGAGCUGCCAGUUUGUUUUUUCUACUCUCAGUUAUAAACGGGAGGAGGAGAUAAGAGAGUUUGAGAUUUAAAAAAAAAGAUUGAAACCCACAGGACAAGUCAGCAGUUACUUGAAAAAGUAUUGGCCUGUCAGCAUGAAGUUAGCAACUGCAGGGUAGCGGCGUGUCAGUGAAGUGUGGAGCGUGGAUAACUGCUUAGCUCGUCUGUGUGCUUACAUCGUCAGUUGUCAUUAGCUGUUUAUUUAUUUUUUAUUGUUUCUAGUUUAAUUCGCUACAGCCUGAGAAUGAAAAGGUCAUGUGGAAUUUACGCGACUGGGAUUAUCUCUGCUCACCUACUUAUUAUUGGGAUCGCCCUCCUUGUGGCACAGGUUUUCCCGACCUUGUUUGAAAAGCGCCUUAAAUCGAAUAUAGUUUUGAAGAAUGGAUCAGAUGUUUUCAAAGCCUGGGAGAACCCUCCUCCUCCAGUGUAUAUUCAGUUUUUCUUCUUUAAUGUAACAAACUCUGAAGACAUUUUACAAGGCAAAAAACCUUCUGUUACCCAAGUGGGACCAUAUACUUAUCGGGAAUAUAGACCCAGAGUAAAUGUCACCUUCUUAGAAAAUGGAACAAAAGUGGCUGCACUGAGCCCUAAGACAUUUGUAUUUCAACCAGAUAUGUCAGCUGGCGACCCAGAGAUUGACCAAGUGACAACAGUUAACAUUCCUGCUGUGACUGUCAUGGAGUUAACAAAAUCCUCAUUCACAAGCCUUGUGAUUUUUUUCAUGAUGAAUGUGUAUGGAGUGGAGGUUUUUGCAACACAUACAGUCCAUGAACUUUUAUGGGGGUUCAAAGAUCCACUUCUUUCUAAACUUCAUUACGUGAAACCAGAAGUUGAUGAGUAUUUUGGUCUUAUGUAUAAGAAAAAUGGGACCAGUGAUGGGGACUUUGUUUUCAAAUCAGGAGAAGAUGAUUACAAAGAUUUUGGAAAAAUCUUUACUUGGAAUGGGCAAAGCACCCUGAAAUGGUGGAGCUCAAAUGAGAGCAAUAUGAUCAAUGGCACAGAUGGAAGUACUUUUCACCCACUCAUAUCAAAAGAUGAGUUGCUGUACAUUUUUGCAGCAGAUCUCUGCAGGUCCAUUUACAUAGCCUUUGAAAAGGAUGUAGAAGUAAAAGGAAUACCUGCCUACCGGUUCGCACCCCCUUCUGAGGUUUUGGCAGCACCAGAAAAAAACCCUUCAAAUGCUGGAUUCUGUGUUCCUUCUGGAGCAUGCUUAGGAGCUGGGGUGUUAAAAGUCAGCGUUUGCAGAAAUGAUGCUCCAGUUGUUGUGUCCUUUCCACACUUUUUCCAGGCUGAUCAGAAAUAUAUAGAUGCCAUUGAGGGGAUGCAUCCCAACAAGGAGGACCAUGAAACAUACCUGGAUGUUAACCCUCUUACAGGGUUUCCUGUUAGAGGAUGUAAAAGAGCACAGCUGAAUAUUAUAUUGGACAAGUAUGAUGCCUUCCCGCAAACCAAACUUCUGAAUCAAACAAUAUUCCCCAUUAUGUUCAUAAAUGAGAGUGUUAUCAUUGAUGAUAAAUCUGCUCAAAAUAUAAGGACACUGCUACUCAUUGCCACCAUUGUAACAAACUUUCCACUGAUAAUUGUUGGACUUGGAGUUCUAAUGUUGUGCAUUCUAAUCAUCUUGUUACUCCGUGCACGACAGCAGAAGAAAGCAACUACCAGAGACGACAUGGUAUACACUCAAGUUGCUGAGAAACAAGAAGAAAAUUGUAAAUCCAACCAUAAAGAAAACUCGCAGUCUAAGAUGGUGUCAUUUAUCAGCAUGACUCAGAUAGAGCAUUGAAAUUAGUCAAGUGGUGGGUAGGGGAUGGUGCCAAGAAUUCAGCAAUGGGACAGGGUUCUGAUGAACCUAACCUGUCAAGAUGUGACUUUUGCAGAGGUUCUUAUACUUGUGGCUGCUGUUUUAACAUUCAUUACAUUUUUUUAUAACUGGCCUUUUGUUUUCACACACACAGCCUAUGUGCAAUACAUUCCGAGACCUGUGCCAUUUUACAUUUACUUUUAGGUUCUCAUGUUGGAGUAGGUGAGUGCUGUUUCUCCAGUGUUGUAUUUUAAUUCUGAGGUAUACAGGAUUUCCUGUGGAGUGUUGAAAAUGUAAAGAAUAAGUGCCAUAUCAUUUUGUUUAGCAAAAGCUUUACUUAAAUUAUGUGUAAAUCAGAUGUGUAAAGAAAGCUGUUACAAAAUAGGUAGGUUUGUUUUGUCUGGCAAGAAAUGAAUCAUUUAAAUAUAGAAUUCUGCAACAGGUUAAAAUUUUGCAUGAGUAAAUACAAAUCCACAUUUUGUUAAGGGCUCUAAUUUAAAACUUAACACAACUUUAACAAGACAAAUAAGCUGUUUACUAAGCUUUAUAGUUUAGUUAACACUAGAUAAGGAUGCAAGAUUAAUUUAAAAAUGUAUUCAGUCACUUUAUCCAUCUUUCAGUGUAAACAUAUUCUGGUUUUUGACUAGAGUUCUGCAGGAAUGUCUGUGUACACAUCAAGCUUUUGUUUGACACAGUAGCCCUUACUUUUUCUUUUUCUUUUUUUUUUUUUUAAACUCCAACUGGGUAUAUGAAUUGGUAACAAACAGCCAACAAUAAUGUGAGAUAUUUUUUUCUGAAAUUUUUAGUAAAUGUUCAAGGCAUCUUUAGGAUAUUAAUAGGUUAGAUCCCAUUCUUCAUCUCAAGCCCUGUGUGGUGUUUUUUGUUUUUUGUUAAAUUUUCGAGAGGCCAAAUACUGUUGUUAAUGUGAACAUAAAAUUGUGCACUUUUUGUGAAGGUUAGUAAUUGUAUUUAUUACUCUGCUUUGAACUGAUAAGACUGUUCAUAUGAGAUUAUGAUUUUGUAAUUUUUCUUUUCCUUUCAGUGUGUUUGUUUAAUUUAUAGCAAUGACAGUUUUUCGAUUGUGAAACGGAGCUCCCAGGGAGCUGUCCUUGUUUACCACACGUUGUCAGUCAUAUUUGGAUGGCAUUCUGUGGGAUGCUUUGCUCCUGUGCACCUCUGUGUUAAAGAGAAGUUCCGAGGUAGUUUUUGUAAAUUGUAUCAAGGGCUGAAAUAUUGUAACAGAAGUACAUUGUAACACGUUUACAUGUAGAAAUUAAGUAUGAACUAAGAGAGGGGUGUAAAUGUAUUGAAAAUGCUGCCCUGUAAUCUAUUUCAAAUAACAACCUGAAAUACAGCACAAUAGAGUUUACCCAAAAAUCUGAAAAGCUUUCCCAAUGCUAGAUUUUAUGUUUUUGGCAGUGUGAGACGUGAUUGUGACAGUUCUGUGAAAGAGUUCUGCAGCUUGGCUUUUAAGGAAAGGGUAUUUGGCUAAAGUUUACUUUAUGAGGUAUUUCUUCACAAAUUAUAUAUUGCAAUGCAUGUGGGCAUGGAACAUUACAUUGGGGCAGAUGAGUGUGUUUCAGGACAUCUGAAAUUUGUCCAAAUAGUGCAGACUUCUUAACAAUUUGUCUGAAUUUUCAGUUUCCAAGUAACUAUUGCUACAUCAAUGGGAGAACUUUUAGACAAAAUUUAAUGGUAACAUUCAAUAGAUUGUUCACCUUGCACCAAGUGCAGCAUUUACAGACCUGUCCCGAGGCAGUAAUGUAUGUUUGUUUCUUGAUUAGUUUGUUCAGAUUGUUGUUGUGCUUGAUGCUGACUCUAAUCUUCUGAUGGAAGGUAUUGUAUGAGAAGUGGCUGUUGUUAAUUUUCAAUUUCUUGGUAGCCUCUGCACCAUCCUUGGGUGAAACAAAGCGAUUUCUUCUUUCUCCUGGUGGCCUUAUUUGAUCAAGACACUUUUGUAAAACAUCUGUAAGUCAUGCAUUGACUUUUCCAUUUUGACCAAGCAUGCCUAUAUUGCCAUGUGACACACGUCGUCACUGCCUGAGCCAAGAGAGUUUUUACUCUUAAUUCAGAUAUGCUGCACAACUCAAAGAUCAUUUCUGAAGUUUAUUUUAUACUAUAUAUCUCAAAAUAGUUCAUUGUAUAGUCUUAUUUGUUACAUAAGAAUUGGGUAGGACGUUAUUUUGUGUAAAAGAAUAUGUUGUUAAAUGUUCCACCUUUUAUCCUAAUUACAAGCAAUAACAUCUGAAACUAAUAUAUCUUCCUUGAUGCACUGAUAUGCCCAGAUGAUGUUCAGUACUCUUAUAUGAACAUUUUCUGUUAAUAAGGUAAAAUUAUAUAUGCAGCGUUAUAAUUUCUAAAAAAUUGUAGUCGUUCACUGUUCAUAAGUUUCCAUAACUGUUACAAAUUAAUAUGCUUGCACUAUUCGCUGCAUUUACAUAUACCAGAGCAAAAGCAGAAAUGCAAGGUAUAUUAUUUUAUAAGUGAUGUAGUAAUAGCUUUUUUCUUUUGUGUAACAAGAAUUUAUAAGCUGCUGUUUGAAAGUGUUUAUAAGAAUCAGUGUCUCCCUAUUUCAGUCUUAAAUAUAAAUUUAAGAAUAAUGAAGUUAAUAUCGAAUAUCAAUGCACAAGUUAACCAUUACAGUAACACCGAAAUUGGAUAUGAAGAAUAAAUUUGCUGUAGAUUAUGUUCUUAAAAAUGUAUGUAAAAAUGCUUCUUUUUAGGAGGUUUGAAAGUAUCUGAAGUGUAAUUUUUCAUUUUGAAUUCAAAGUGUUUUUUAAAAGAUAGCGUAAAUAGUGGUGCUUUGUCUUUUAGUUGAAAGAUGAUAAAUACAGUGACAAUAUUUAUUACUUGUUUAAAAAUCAGAAAAGAGGACAGAAUUAUGACACUAGCCUUAAAAAUAGGCAAUUUUCUUAACACCCACUCCACACCCCACCCUGUAAGUAUUUGUAACAACACUAAUUGAAAGUAAUGUGGAAACAAAGAAAACAAGCAUAGCGAUUGUGUUCCAGUUUUCUGUAGUCCUCCAGACAUGGACUAUCUUUAAAGGGGGAAAACAUGGUUGAUUUUCGGGCUCAAAUCGUGUUUUCAGUGUGCUCAAUGUACACCUGGGUGGACCUUCGCAUUCUCCAGGAGUUGUGCUGUCUUGAUUUUUAGGCCUGUCCUUUUUUCAGUUAUCAUUUGUCAAAACUAAAACUUUUUAUAUGCCCAAAAGCCAAAAUUAGAAAGAAAGUUCACUAUCAAAAUAAUAAUAGUGUGCCUUUCGUGCUGGUGUACAACGUGUAAACAUUUGCCUAAAAAUAAGACCCAAGAAUUGCACUGUGUUUUAAAAUAUUAGCAUUCACACAAUCCUGGAGUGUGUAGGUUUUGUUGUGUUGCUGUCAUCUCAUCAAAGGUGUACACUAAUCUGUCUUUCUAGUGUUUUUCUUAAAUUCUCAUGCUAAUCCACCAUAUCUUUUGUACCUUGAGUUAUUCAGUUGAGAUGCAGCCAUGAAGUUAAAGUGUUUUGGAUUGCAUUUUACUAAUCUCAGAAACAAACUCAAAUAGUAGAAUCCCUAUGGUGGGCAGGGGAUAUUUAAAAACUCAGGGUAACAUUAAGCACAAGAGCACAUGAAGUUAAAUAUAGUACUACUCGGUGGAUAAAUUCUAUGCAAGAAUUAAUAUAUACAAUUAGGCUUUUUUCUGGUAGAUUUUAGUAAUUGUUGAAAUGUGCAAAUGUUUUAUGCAUUAGAAUAUUACUAGUGUAUUUUUCUUUUCUUUUUUUUUUUCUUAUUUUUAUCUCUUUUGGGAACAAACAAGGUGCUGAUCAGACAAACUGUUUCAAACAGCAACAUCUCCAGCAUCACAUCUGUUCAAAAUAUUGCUAUUACAUUUAUAAAAUCACACACACAAACAAAAAAAAAAAUGUUUUGAAAGUGUGUUUUGUACAAGUCUUGUGAUAUAUUUGAAAUAAAAAAGUAUUUUCAGUCA